AGCUCACUAAAGGAUAAUUUUUCUAUGACAGCAAUGCAGAAGUUAGUAGGGACACAUGAAGAACAGCUCAGGACUAUUUAGGGUGUCUUUGUGAAAUAUAAUUUUUAAAUGCUUUGUACUAAUACUUUUCUAUAGUAAAGUAUUAUUUGUCCCUCUUUGUAGAUAGCUAUUCAGCUUCGAUGGCCUUUCAAGAAUUCCUGAAUCAAGAGGGAAGCCUAGGGAGAUUCUAGAUCUUUCAUAUAAUUUUUCAUUUCCUCCUCAACGCUAUUGUGACACCUCAUAUUGCAAUGGAGAACUUUACUGCGGCCAUUCCUAGUCAUCGCUGCUGAAUCCCCAUCUUUGACAAUGACACUGCCUCUGAUAAUGACAAUAGGAUCCUGAGCCAAGAUGACCUCAGGAUCUCUAUUCCCCUGGACUCCGACCUGAGACUGGAGAAAUGUCAUCAUUUUGUCCAACCACAGUGGCAUCUUCAUUUGAAUAGCAUGUUUUCCAUGUGUGACAGAGCCAGACACUGAGCCCUGUGUGGAUGGAUGGGUGUGUUACAGGAGCAACUUCUUAUCCACUGUGAUCGAGUGUUUUCUAGAAUCUAAGUAUGUGGACCACCUGUGUGCUUGGUACACUAAGAGUAAAGUCUUUGUCUCCCUUUGGAAAUAGUUAUUCAGCCUCAAUGUCCUUUCAAGAACUCCUGAAUCAAGUUGGAAGCCUAGGAAGAUUCCAGAUCCUUCAGAUAGUUUUUCUUUUACUCCUCAAUGCCAUUGUGGUACCUCAUAUUGCAAUGGAGAACUUUACUGCAGCCAUUCCCAAUCAUCGCUGCUGGGUCCCCAUCCUUGACAAUGACACUGCCUCUGAUAAUGGCAGUAGGAUCCUGAGCCAAGAUGACCUCCUGAGGAUCUCCAUCCCCCUGGAUUCCAACCUGAGGCCAGAGAAGUGUCGUCGUUUUGCCCAACCACAGUGGCAUCUUCUUCAUUUGAAUGGCACUUUCUCCAAUGUGUCAGAGCCAGACACUGAGCCCUGUGUGGAUGGUUGGGUGUAUGACAGGAGCAACUUCCUUUCUACCAUUGUGACUGAGUGGGACUUGGUAUGUGAAUCCCAGGCACUGAAUUCUGUCACUAAAUUUUCAUUCAUGAUUGGCCUAUUUAUAGGGGGUAUCAUAUGUGGCCAUCUGUCAGACAGGCUUGGGAGGAAGUUCAUUUUAACAUGUGCUUUAUUACAAUUUGCCAUCACUGAAACCUGUGUAGCUUUUGCCCCCUCCUUCUUCAUCUACUGCUCACUUCGAUUCCUGGCAGGAUUGUCUGUGGAACCCAUAUUAGUAAAUAGUCACUUGCUCAUGUUAGAAUGGACAAGCCCUAAAUUUCUAACCAUGAUGGCAGCGCUUUUAUCUUGUGCUCCUAAUAUUGGAUACAUGAUAUCAGCAGGCCUGGCUUUUCUAUUUAGAAUCUGGCAUCACCUCCAGCUGACAAUGUCUGUGCCAAUAUUCUUCUUCCUUAUACUCACAAGGUGGCUGUCAGAGUCAGCUCGGUGGCUGAUUGUGACCAACAAACCCCAGAAGGGCUUAAAGGAACUUAGAAAAGUUGCACACAUGAAUGGAAUGAAGAAUUCUGGAGACCUAACCAUGGAGAUUGUGAGAACAAGUAUGAAGGCAGAACUUGAGGCAGCAAAGACUAAACCUUCUCUAAGAGAUUUGUUCCAUACAUCUAUCCUACGUAAGCGGAUAUGUGUCCUGUCCUUUAUGAGACUUUUUUUUACAGUAUCAAUUUUUGGCCUGGCAGUUCACCUCCAACACCUGAGUUCUAAUAUUAUCCUGUUGCAGUUUCUCAUUAGUGCAUUGGCCAUACUAGUCAGUGUUAUUGGACCUUUUGUACUUAAUCACAUUGGCCGUAGAAUAACCUAUCUGGUUCUCAUGUCUCUGAGGGGAAUCUUCAUUCUGAUUGCUGUAUUUGUACCUCAAGAAAUGCAGACCCUGCGUAUUAUUAUGGCCACAUUGGCAGAAGGAAUUUCUUCUCUGUGUGUGGGUGUUAGUCGUCUUCAUACAAAUGAGCUACUCCCAACCACACUAAGGGCAACAGCUGUAGGAGUCAUUGGGUUCUUUGGUAAUAGUGGAUCAUUCCUAUCCCCCCUGUUUAUGCUGCUAGCGACAUACUAUGCCAACAUGCCCUGGAUCUUCUAUGGAGGCUUCUCCAUCUUCAACGCGUUUACUGUGUUUCUCCUUCCUGAAACCAAGAAUCAGCCUCUUCCUGACUCCACCCAUGAUGUAGGAAAUGAUUGGAAAGAAUCAAGAAAAGGAAAGAAGGAGGAUCCCAUCAUUAAAGUCACGAGGUUUUAAGGAACUCCUGGAAUUGUCAUCUGAUCAAAGAAUAAGAGAAGAAAAUGGUAUUCAGAACAUGGCGACAAUUUUCCCAGGAUCAUUACUCAGAAGUAUUCACUGAUAUUAUCAAAAGUAUUAAUAACUCAAGAUAAAACAGAAAACUGAUCACACUGGAAUUGCUACAAUCGAUUACUAUAUGUUAAAUACCUAUGAGUAAUCACAUAGGUAAUUUGAAGUAUUGGAACGAACAUUGAAAGAUUUUAAAAGUACAUUGAAAAAAUCAUACUUGACAAUUUUUGCAAUCAUGUACACCUGUUUUGUUUUGAGAUGGUAUAUCUAUUCUAUUUUUCCACUUCUGUGAUAUAAUACCUGAGGAAAUAAAAGGAA